AUGCUAACGAGGCGUGUUCUACUAGAUGCUGCAGAUGCAGAAAGCCCACUCAAACCGGCUGAGCUACAAGUGUUACGAUCACAAUACGAGAAGGAAGGAGAGCAUGUAGGAGUACAAACCAAGUUCAACUUUGCAUGGGGUUUGAUCAAAUCGAAUACUCGCCCAGAUCAACAAGAAGGCGUUCGCCUCCUCUCAGACAUCUUCCGAACCUCACCAGAACGAAGACGAGAAUGCCUAUACUACCUAGCACUGGGUAAUUACAAGCUUGGAAACUAUGCAGAAGCAAGGCGGUACAAUGAUUUACUGCUGGACAAGGAGCCUGCGAAUCUUCAGGCCAGUAGUCUGAGAGGUCUGAUAGAUGAUAAGGUUGCCAGAGAGGGUCUCAUGGGUGUUGCUAUCCUGUCUGGUGUGGCUAUCGCAGCUGGAGUGGUUGGUGGAAUGAUAUUCAAGGGAGUUGGGAGGAAGAGAUAAUAACGCGGCGUAACUUGGGAAGGAUUCGAUGACUUUGUUUAAUAUACCAGAAGCGAAGGAAGCUGUACUAAUGAAACUCUCAACACUGUAAUGCAUGUCUUAUGGUUUUGCUCUGUGUAUCUAGGUACUUUUUGUGAUAUGGUGUCUCGAUGUUGGGAAUUAUUUGGGUCUCAUUAAUACAAACCUCAAGUUGACUACCUAGGUAAUCUGAUCAAGAGAAUUAUCAAUCUCGCAGAUAGACUCGAACUCAGGAAGACACU